CAGCUAUGAUAAUGAUGGAAAUCACAGAUGUAGGUGCAGCAGCUAUAAGCAAAGCAGCCAUGUCAAAAGGGAUGAGUGGUUAUGUUUUUGUCGUUUACUCUAGCGCACUUGGUACCAUCUUUCUCCUUCCUUGUUUCAUAUUACAGUAAGCAACAUAUAAAAUUCUGAUAGCCUCUGUGGAAAUCAUUUAAAUGGAUUAAUGCUUCAUGUACUAAUGAAACUAGUUCCUCUGCAGAAAGAAGGUUCUCUUACUUUUUCACUCCUUGGUGGACAAUUCCUUCUUGGCCUAAUUGGGAGUUCAAGUUUGUUGUUAGCAUAUAAUGGGAUCAACUACAGCUUACCAACACUAGCUUCAGCUAUAGGGAAUCUUAUACCAGUCUUUACAUUCAUGCUGGCAAUUAUUUUCAGGAUGGAAAAGCUAGAUUUGAGAAGAUCAAGCGGUCGAGCCAAAGUGUUAGGGACUAUAGUAUCAGUAUCCGGAGCAUUUAUAGUAAUUUUAUACAAGGGAUCAGUAAUCUUUUCACCAUCCAACUCUCCUCACAAAAACUUCACGAUAACCUCACAGCAAACAAAGUGGAUCUUAGGAGGUCUUAUGCUUGCAGUGGCAUGCCUUUUGGCAGCAAUAUGGAACAUUCUUCAGAAAUCACUUGUUGAGAACUGUCCGUCAAUGGUUACCAUAGUCUUCUUCUACACCUUAUUUAUGACAAUCCAAUGCACAGUGUUCUCUUUGUUUGUGGAAAGGAAUCGGAAUGGUGGCUGUUAAGGUUUGACAUCAAGAUGAUCUCCAUUGUCUUCUCAGUAAGAAGAGCUCACUGAUUAUAUAUGCAAUGAUUAUGUUGCUAUUUUUGUCUUUUUGAUGUGCAAUGAAUUAUAUAUGGAAAAUAAGUACCGACUUAGAUUACUAAUAUUUGGGAGUGUGUUGCGUAUUGGUAUUCAUAUCUGGUGCUUGCACCAAAAGGGGCCUAUCUUUGUAGCAAUGUUUAGGCCUUUGGGAAUUGCCAUUGCUGCAGUGAUGGUAGUCAUCUUCCUCGGCGAUUCACUUCACCUUGGCAGGUUUCUACUUCUUUAUAUCAAGUUGAACCAGAAGAUAAUAUUUGACUUAUAUUUAAGUUAAUGAGGCCAAAGUUGAUAAUGGGGGAAUUUUAUGUGUAGGACAGUGUGAUUGGAUCUAUCAUUAUAGCAAUUGGGUUCUAUGCUGUGAUGUGGGCACAGAUAAAAGAAAAGAGCACUACUCUUAUGGAGAGUGAUGUCCAAAGCUUGGCAUCAUCGACCCA